AUGGAGUAUAUAACUGUAGCCAUGGGAACUUGGAGAGAACCAGAAACAGAACACCUUCUUCCGGCCUCGAUGAGUGAAGGCAAGGCCGCCGACGAGGUGAGACAGACGCUGGGCGAGUGGUCCCACGACACCAGCGACGACAUCCACACCAACCCUUCCCGCCCCGGGGGAAAUGACGACGAGAAGAAGACCCAGGAGUUCCAGCUGGUGGUCGACAUCGAGUCGGCGACCUCGGACGACUCGUACGACAACCUCUUCCAGGACCCGAAAAAGCUAGCGUACUACCUGAAGAUCUACGAGGAUAGCCAGUACGAGUGCCGGCACUUGCUUGACCCUAACCUCACGUGGACGACGCAGGAGGAGAAGAAGAUCUUACGCAAAAAUGACUGGAAGGUGACGUUCUUUGCCUUCUGUUGCUUCACCGCUUUGAACUUUGACCGGUACAACUUGGGUCAGGCCCUCUCCGACAACUUCUUGCAGGACAACAAGAUGACCACCAACGACUACAACUUGGGCCAGACGAUCAACUUGAUCUGCUUCUUGGCGUCGGAGCUUCCGUCGCAGCUUAUUCUGAAGAAGCUUGGUCCCGAAAUCUGGAUCCCCGUACAAAUGGUGGCAUGGAGUAUCGUGUCGAUGUGCCAAGCCGCCAUCACUAAUAAGAAAGGGUACUACGCUACUAGAGCGCUCUUGGGUCUCUUCCAAGGCGGGUUCAUCGCCGACAUCUGUCUCUGGAUGCUGUACUUCUACACCGGGCCCGAGCUCCCGUUGAGAAUGGGGAUCUUCUAUAUCCUGAACCCCAUGACCCAGGUGUGGACGGCGUUGCUCUCCCUCGGGCUCUUGAAGAUCAAGAACAACACCUUGAACCACGGGUGGCAGUGGUUGUUCUUGCUUGAAGGCAUCGGUACUUUCGUCGUCGGCGUGGCGGCGUUCUUCCACAUGUCUCCCUCGGUGGUUAAGACCAAGAAAUGGUUCCGUCCUAAAGGGUGGUACACUGAACGUGAGGAGAAGAUCUUGGUCAACAAAGUGUUGCGUGACGACCCUACCAAAGGGCUGAUGGCUAACCACACUCCCGUCGGCUUGAAAGAGCUCUUCAAAGCGCUUUGUGACUAUGACCUUGCCUGGAUCUAUAUCAUGCGGAUCUUGGUUGAUAUCGGUGCUUCCCCCACCCAGCUGUACUUGACGUUAUUGCUUCGACAAAUGGGGUUCAACACUCUUGAGACCAACGCCUUGACCAUCCCUUAUUCGGUCAUCAGUUGUAUCCUUAUGCUUAUAUCGUGCUGGGUCUCCGAGCGAUUCAACGAGCGAGCACUAACGUUGGCGUUCCAGCCGUUCUGGGUGAUGAUAUGUCUUAUCCCCUUCCUAGCGUGGAAGGGGUUUAUGAAAGACCAGUGGGGCACCUAUGCUCUUUUGACAGUGCUAUUGUCUCACGCUCCCUCAUGGCCGAUCUCCAUCACGUGGUGUCUGUCAAACUCCAACUCCGUGCGUAACCGGACGGUGCUGGCAGCCGUGGUCAAUAUCUUCUCCCAAGUGGCGGCCAUCAUCGCUGCUAACAUCUACCGGAAAGAUGAUGCCCCGAUGUACCGUCGUGGUAACAAGGACCUUAUUGGUAUUGCUGCCGGUGCCUUAGUGUGGACGAUGCUUGCCCGGUGCUGGUUCCAGUGGCGUAACUAUUCCAACCUGAAAAAGUGGAACGCCAUGACCAAGGAGGAGCAGGACGACUAUAUGGUCAACACCAAGGACGAGGGCAACAAGCGGCUUGACUUCCGCUUUGUAUAUUAG